AUGCAACGCCACGCCUUCCGUUCGGUGUGUAGCCGGACAAGGCCAGAGCUCGAGCAGGCCUCGGAUGCUCUCCGAAACUACGCCCGCCAAUUCUCGACUUCACAGAUUCAGGCUGCCGAUGGUCCCAGUACCCCGAGGCCGACUGCCCGUCCCGCUCAAGCUGGUGGCCCCAAGGUCAUCGACAUAAAGAGUCUGCCCCUGCGUGGCAGAGGAGGUCUAAGGGGUCGUGGUAGUUUCCGUGGACGAGGCGGAUUUGCGGGUAGGGGAGGGUCUUCAGCCCAGGAUCGCCCAUCCUCGCCUAUGCGAACUGGCCAGCCUAUGACAAGAGGUCGAGGCGGAGGCGGUUUUGACGCCAGAGGCCGCGGUGGACGUGGACGUGGAGGUCGGGGUCGUGGCCGGGGUCGAGGAGGAGGCAAAGGCGACCGACGAAGGGAUGAUGACGACAAGGAUAGAAACAAGGACCGAAACGAAUUCAACAACAUGGAUCCCGAUGAGAAGUCUUUCGACGAUAGCAUUCGAUUCGGCAUGCGCUCCGAGUACACACCAUCCUUCACACUCGAGUCCGUCAACCAAUUCGCCCCUGUCACACCAAGCACCGCUGCUGGAAAGUCAGCUGCUGUUAUGCAGAACCUCAGCGUUCUCGGCACAGCAGACCACGUCGGUGCUCCAGAACCCUUCCAGCCCAAAUACUACGCCUCCGAGACCGAGGCCGGCGGUAUUCGUUUCUUCGCCGAUGCCGAUGCUAAGAAUGCCGCCGAGCAGUACCUCCAAGGAAGGGCCAGAACCGAAGGCAAGGAGCUUACGGGCCCUAUCGUUGCCGAAGCCGAGGAGGCCAUCCGUCAGGUUAUUACACAGCGAGCUGUCCAGGGCCAGCAUGAGACACCCAAGUUCGCAUCAGACCCCGUUGGAGUGUCCCGCUCAUGGCAUCUCCGAUCUGAGACGUACACUACCCACGACGUCAACUCGUUCCAGACAAAGUUGACGUCUCUUCUGGAUAAGAAAGGCGCUGGUGGAAAGGGCGGACAGGCGAAGGCUUAA